UAUAGGUUAUACCGGUAUAAAGAGUAAAACGUUGUCACGUUUAAGAGUAUGUUUAUUAGAUGUAAAAGUGUUUAUUAAAGAUAAGUUGAAUUAGUGAAUUUAGAAAAUGACAGAACGUAAUAGAAAAAAUUAUCCAGGAUUAUUGAUAGGACGAAUGUUCAUAGCUAUUACAUUGAACAUCACACUACAAAUCUUCCUUUUGUGCUUAUUGAUAUUAAUUACAAAUAUUAACACAAAUGUUAAAUUAUGGCUACAGAAUACUUGGGAGACUAUAAUUUCCUUAAAAUUACGAAUACAUUUUUUUGUAUUCGUAGCAUUUCUACAAGGAAUUAUUUAUUGCAAUAAUUAUUUACAUCGUCAGCCGUAUUUAAAGAAUAGAUUCUUAAAAAUUCAACAUAUUUUCACUGGACAAAAUUUAUUAAGAGGAUUGCUCUGUAUCUUGAUGGGAUGUAAUUUAGUAUGGUUACAUUUGUCAUUGAAGAAAGGUAAUCAUAAUUUAUUGAUUGAUAAUUGUGAUACACUUUACGGAUCAUGCCUAAUAGAAGAACAUUAUUUUCUAUUACUUGGCGGAAUGUGGACUGGAUUUUAUUUCUUUCUAACUACGAGUUUAUCCAAUCAACGAUAUUUUCAAUUUUCUAUAAUACCAAUGACAAAAUUUUCCAAAUUUAGAAAAGGUAUUUAUUCCAUGCUAUCCACGAUAACGUCCAUUUCAUUGUGGCCUGUUAUCUAUUUUAUAAUUGGAUAUUAUUUAUUGGGAUCCCAUAUGCGUGACUUUAUACUGUCGAUUACGUCCGCACAGAUAGAAACAAAGCCAUUAGAUAAUUUUCCAGGAUUGUUAAAUGUAUCCUUAACAAUGUAUUUGUGGCUAUAUCAAUCGACCUUGAUAUUUACAAGUAACACUACGAUUUUAUUAUUAGAAGUAUUUCUAACAGAAUGGAUACCUUUAGAAAUUCAACCAAAUAAUAAUAUAUUUGAUAGUCACAUUUCAACGAUAACAUUGUCUGAUGUUUUAUCCAUGGAUAAUAUACCUAUGAUACAACAUCUGGGAUAUUUAGAUCUUGUUACUUUGGCCGAAAAGCAAGAAACUAGAAGAAGAAUAUUAUUUACAUUGAGUCAACCUGGUGGUCAUCCUUAUAAUUGGAAUUGUAUUAUUGAAAAGUCUUUGAACUUUAUAAACAAAUUUUCCGAUGAGCUUAAUGCAAUUACUUUAAAAGCGAAGGAACAACAAUAUGCAUCUUCUACCUCUACGAUUACAACUUCAAUUUCAUCGAAUUUGUCUGCAUUUAAAAGCGAAUACACGUAUAAUAUGCGUAAAUUGGUAACAGACACAAUACCAUCUACAAAUGAAAGCUGUGUCUCUAAAUCUCCUGAAAUUAAAUCUUUAACGUAUAAAUAUAUAAAAACCAAAUGGGACUUGAUGAUCUCUUAUUUUCUUUCAAAACCACUUAUUUAUUAUGUUUUUGGUGAACAAGAUGAGCUCAAGAUUGAAUACGCUUUAUUUAAUGCGCAAGCUGUAAUAUGGGCAGCAGAAGCUAUAUCAUCUUUGGCAAUUGUAUCUUUGAAGGAGGACUCUUAUGGAAUUGUACAAAAAGAUCUACCGGAUAUAUUUCAUGCACUGUUAGCAUUAAAGCUUACUUUAGAUAAAUUAUAUAAGUCUAAUAUAUUAAUGAAAAAAUCUCAGAAUAGCGAUAGAUGUAUCAAACAGAUGUUUAAUUCAUUAAGAAGUGCGAGUAAACGUAGUUUGUACAGAAUUACAACGGGUUUUGAAAAUUACAUUAAUGAUUUGAAACUUGAAUCUACAAUGAUAGAACAUUUACAACCUUUUCUUAAUUACAAAGAAUAAUAUAUAUAAUAUUUCUAUGAUCUUUUUAUUUUAUAGAACUGUAAUGAUAAAAAAAAAAAAAAAACAAACAAAUAUCAUGAUAUAUUUGUAUUUACAUUGCGCGUUACAUUUUCGAUGAUUAUAUACAUUUAACAAAGGACUUUUUUUUUGUUUAUUUUUUUCGAACAAUUCUACAAAGUAAUAAUAGUAAAAAUUUAAUGAUAUGUACAAAAAAAAAAAAAAAUUACAAAUUUCUUAAACUUUAUUUAUAUUACAUUUUUUUAAUAGUCUGUACAACACUAAGAUUAUAGAAUAAUUUUUCUCUAAGUAUAAACCAGUUUUUCAAUUGUAAAUCUUCUAUUUUUUCUAAGUUAUCUCUCAAUUCCUCAGUUUCAGAUAUUGUUUGACCAUGCCAUUUUAAAAAUACUGCUAGAUAUGCUUGCGUCAAUUCGAAAUCAAUUUUACGUUCCAUCAUAUAACACAAGACUUUCAUAAACUGAAGUAACAAUGAUUUUGUACUAUUUUCUUCCGAGGAAAGAGAUUGAAUUUCAAAGUCGACGGAACUUGGACUCAUAGAUUUUAAUUUAUUUAUAACAUCUAAGAAAUGUUCAUUUGUAGCAGUAGAAUAUAAUAAUUUGGCAAAUAUUGUUAAAUUUUGAAAAUCUUUAUGAGAUCGUAAUUUUUCAGCGUUCAUAGGAUCUUUUAAAUCUGAAAAAUCAAAUUUAAUAUCUAACGAGGGAAUAGUUGGUAAAAAGAAAGGUGCCUUUUCUGGAGCUUUAGGUGGCUCCUUAGGUUUGUUUCUUUUCUUAACUAUAUCUAUGUUAAGCAAAUUUAACCAUCUGGAUUGUGCCAAAGCGGAUAUCGUAAUUAGAUUUUCAUUAAGCUGUUCCGGAGAAAUAUAUUCUGAUUCAUCUUCAAUAAUGUCUUCGUCAUCUUGUCGAUUAACUUCCACUAUAGAACUAGGAAGAUUAAUUAUAGGUAUUACAUCCUCUUCCCUUAUAGCUUUUAAGGAUACAUGAGAAUAAAUGGUACGAUUUGACCACAAAUAUAUUCCCAAAUUACACAUAUGAGAUGUGACAAGAAAUUCUCCAGUAGGAGAAAAAUGUAGAGAUAUACACGCAUCUGGAACCUAAAUGUAUUAUACAAUUAUAAAAUAUAUUUAUGUAUAAAUGAAAUAUAUUUAAUCGAAAUAAUCGGGCCUACGACCGAUAAUAAUAUUAUAGAAACUUACUUGAAAUACAUCUAUUAAAUGAGAAGAUAAAAUAUCCCAAGUCCUUAUUGUACAAUCCAUAGAAGAUGUGAUUAACCAUCUUGCAUCUGGACUGAAUGAUGCAUCUGUCAAUUGUCCUUUAUGUCCGUGAAAAUGUCUCAUUACUUUUUUAGUAUCUAAAUCAAUUAAAAUCACUGAGAAAUCUUCCAAUGCAACGGCCAUGAAAGUACUUUCAUUGUGAUACCGUAACCAUUCUAUCGAUUCUGGUAGCGUUAUUAUAGUCCUUGGUCCUGUAUCUUUAAUUUUACAUAUAACAUUUAAUUUUGAAAUAAAAAUGAUAUAAUAAAAGGUACAACAAUAAACCGAUCAAAAAUAA